GGAACCUCCCUCAUGUCAUGACUCAACACAUCAGACAUACAUUAGCAGACUCUGGUAAAGAAAACACAUUCAGGUUGUGGUCCUCCAGCUUUCAAAGAUUUCCCAUUGAAAAAUGGAAAAUUUCUACAAUAACAACACCUCACAGAACACAAGCGACAUCGACUUCUACUAUGAUUAUGACAGCAACAUCAACACCACCAACACCACCAACAUCACCAACAGCCACUACUAUAAUGACAAAGCUCAAUCCAUUGUAUAUGUGGUGAAAUGCUUUAUCAUUUGUAUCGGCCUUCCUUUGACCCUUGUAGCCAUCCAUGGUGUUUAUUCUCUGGUGAGAACCAAUCACGUUGCUCCGAUCUACAUCAUCAACCUCCUCAUUUCUGACCUCAUUCAACUCUGCUGCAUGAUCGUUGAAGUGACAAAAUCGGAGAAUCUGACGAUCAGAGAAAUCUUCAUUUUUCUGUACUAUUUUGGUCUGAUGGCCAGUGUGGGCUUCAUGGCAUGUGUUGCCCUGGAAAGGUAUUUGGUCAUUGCCUGGCCUCUGUGGUAUCGCUUCAAAAGAAACAUCAAGAUCUCUACUGUGACCUGUGUUGUGACCUGGACCCUUCCUCUUGUAUUCCUCAUCCCUUUCUAUUUAAAGGUUCAUUUACAUAUUUUGACAAGCAUCUUUGCUGUCUUCCUCCUCCUUCCCCUCCCCUUGUUUCUAUUUGUCCUGGUUGGGACCUUUAAUGCUCUGUCAGCCAGCCGUGUCCCCUCUGAUGAAAAACGACGGAUUGUGGCAGUUUUGUUUGUGGUGCUACUAACUUACGUUCUGCUUUUCCUGCCUACCACCAUUUGGGGCCUUGUAGAAAAAGCCAGAAUUAAUGUUACUUUUUAUUAUGUGUCUUUUACUUUAAUACAGUUCAGUCCUCUUGCAGACUUGUUUCUGUAUGUUUUCAUUAGGAAAGGAGCUGUAGACAAGAUUUUGGCCUCUCUGUGUUGUUGCAGAAUGGAGAGCAAUGAAUUCAGUAUGUCAACAGAGACUGAAUGAUGACAACAUAUACACAGUCGCUCCAUGUAGGCAGACAAAGAAAGAAAAUAGUUGAAGACAUGAAAUUAUUUUUUAUGUUUUUGUUAUUAACUAAAAGUUCAUGUAUAUCAUUAUUACUCUUUAAUCAUAAAAUAAAUCUUAUAUUAUUUUUAAUAGCUGAGCUAUUCAGCACCAUGAUUACACUGUCAUUAUAUCCACCACUCUCUCUUAUUCUCAAAUCUUUAUUUUGACUGUUUUCUGCAUGUUUAAAUCAAGGAGAGCUUUGGGAUUUUUCUUCUUUCUCUCAAUUCAGUUGUUCUCUUCUUUCCUAGUUAUUGUAACUAGUGUAAUGUCUAACAACAGCAGUAUUUUUCAGUUGUUUUUUUUAAACCAUACAACAUACUUUUGUUUAUCUUUAUUCAACAUCAGUUUUAUUUUUAGUGUUUUAAUGGUAGGCAUGCUUAGCUUCAGCGUGUGAUUUAGCACAGGUAUCUUGCUAUAGUUAUAGUGUAGGCUUGGAAAUAUGGGUAAAAUCUUAUAUCAUGGUAUAUAUAUUAUUGGAAAUGAAAUAGUACAUGCACUGGUAAUCAGUCCUAACAAAAUAAAGGUAAAAUCUAAAAUAACAAAUCUUGAUUUCCUCAUGGUAUACAAAUAAUGUGCAGAAGUUUUAGUCACCUCACACACACAAAGAACUCACAAAGAACUAUCUUCAGAAACAAAAACAGAGUCCUGGCCUGAUCUCCAUAUCACAGAGUCAGCCUGAGAUUACAUGAAGAGACGGAAGACACUAGCUGGUAAUUCAUGUAUUCUU